GUGCAUUUCUCGUGAGAUCAUUUAGUGUCACGGCAAUGGUGGCCAAAUGAGGGCUCCAUUCUGCCGCUGAUUCAGUCCCAACGGCGGCGAGGCAGAGCCAACGGUAAGAUAAUCAAACAGUACCGUAAGAUAAUCAUGGAAACAUCACUUACCUUCCAAGGGAGGAAAUUAGAAAACACGUCAUCCAUUAAAACUCCAAUCGCAGAAAUGGAGAAUCAAGUUUUUAGCAGCGCCAUAAAUUUCAAGAGCAAAGAUUUUGAGGAUGUUGAAAAUCAUGAUGGUAAUGGAUAUGGAUGUGGUGAUGGUGGUGAUCAGUCUUUGAGAUCGAAUGGUAUUUGUGAGAGGACAAUGCAGCCGGCGGGGCUGUCGAAAACAGCGGGGAAUCGGAGAUAUCAAGCUGCAUUGAGGUUGCAAAAAGUGUACAAGAGUUUUAGAACCAGGAGAAAGCUUGCAGAUGGUGCUGUUCUUGCCGAGCAGAGAUGGUGGAAGGCGUUGGAUUUUGCCGAGCUGAAUCGGGUUUCAUUCUUUGACAUCGGUAAGCAAGAGACUGCAAUAUCUCGUUGGUCGAGAGCAAGAACCAGAGCUGCCAAGGUUGGAAAAGGUUUGUCCAAGGAUGAAAAGGCUCGAAAGCUUGCUUUACAACAUUGGCUUGAAGCAAUUGAUCCUCGCCAUCGUUAUGGCCAUAAUCUUCAGUUUUAUUAUGCAACAUGGCUCCACUGCCAGAGCAGGCAGCCCUUCUUUUACUGGCUCGAUAUAGGUGAAGGAAAAGAAGUUAAUCUAAUCGAGAGGUGUCCCCGGUGGAAGCUUCAACAGCAAUGCAUUAAGUAUCUUGGUCCAACAGAAAGGACUGAAUAUGAAGUAGUGAUAGAGGGUGCAAAGUUCUUUUACAAGAAGAGUGGGAAACUUCUUGAUACCACUGAAGGCCCUAAAGAUGCCAAAUGGAUCUUUGUUCUCAGUACAUCCAAGAGCUUGUAUGUUGGGCAGAAGAACAAGGGCACAUUUCAGCAUUCAAGUUUUCUGGCUGGUGGUGCAACAUUAUCAGCUGGCAGACUGGUUGUUGAAAACGGUAUUCUGAAGUCAGUUUGGCCUCACAGUGGACACUACCUUCCAACUGAAGAAAAUUUCCAGGCAUUCAUGUCCUUCCUCCACGAGCACAGCGUGGAUACUGGAAAUCUGCAGAAAGCGCCAGCUGAGGAGGCAGAAGAAGGCUAUAUCAAGAAGAGCAUCAGCUUGCAUAGCACUUCAUUAGAAGCAGAAAUCUUAAAGCACACUGAAGCAACAGAAGCUACAACUUCAGCUCAAGAGGAUAUCGAUUUGCAAGAAGAGGACUCUAAGGCUGCAGAAAGUUCUGGUAAACUAAAACUAAAAUUGUCUCAACGAUUUGGCUCAAAAAUAACAAGAUUUGAAGUACCAACAAUAGGUGAAGUGCGUGACAUUUUUAAGACAGAUGUGCUUCAUCAAAAUUGUCAGUCACAAAGUUCAGAAUCUCGUUCUGAAGAUGAUUAUGAAACAGCAGAAGAAUCAUUUUCGUCAGACGAAGAAUUCAUGGUUCUGAAAAAGAAUUUAUUUGAUGAGGAUGAUGAUGAGGAAGAAGAAAAUGAAAAGGACAUCCUAAAAGAGAAAAUCAUAAGGAGGAUAGAUUCACAUAAAGUAAUGAGAUCUUACCAAUUAGCUCAGCAGUUGUCCUCUAGAUGGAGCACAGGAGCCGGGCCACGGAUUGGUUGCAUGAGGGAUUACCCUUUUGAACUUCAAUGUCGGUGUCUUGAGCAAGUAAACUUGUCUCCAAGAGCAAGAGGUGCAUGUUCGACUCUACUAGGUAGAAGUCCUCUUGCUCCAGACAAAGGCGAAAGUCCCAAAAGGGCAAGGAGUAGACUAUAUUCAGACAAAAGUUUAUCUGUUGACUGGACUUGGGGGUAG